GUCUAUACUGGUUAUUAUCCCUUUCGAUCCCCAGGCCUCCUUAUUCUCAUUUCAAAAUGGCGUCCGCCGCACGAAGAGCUAAUCCAGUUGAUUAUGUAAAUUUGAACAAUUUAUCGUCGGAAGUUAUGUAUGAAAGCGGAAAGAAGCCAAAAGGAAAGUUUUUUCCAGUUGAUAGACUUAUUUCUCGAAAGCAAAUUGAUCAUACUUGGCAUUAUUUGGUAAAGUGGUCUGGAUGGCCUUUGCCUGCAUCAAGUUGGGAGCCCUACGAUCAUUUGAAUCCAGCGCUUUUACGGAGCUAUGAAAAUCCAUCAAAGCCAGAUCAAGGCAGAAUUGAGCAAGCUAGUAGAAGUUUUUAUGAUGCCAUAGCAAGGGCUCUUAAAGCGAAAUCUGCUACUCCUGUAGAUGCUCAGAUUGACCUUGAUUUACAAAGAUGGCUUUGGAAAGGAAAGGGAGUUCAAUCUGAACAUCUUGGUUAUAAAUUGUAUGAGAAACAUGAGUUUUGCAAUUUGAAUCUACAGGAAACAUGGUGGUAUUACCUUGAUAGCAAUGGCGAGGGCAGAGCAAUAAACUUUCCAAUUAAAAUAAAACCUCUAUUAUUGUGGUCACCAAAACGUUACAUUGUUCAAAAUGGAGAACUGAUUCAAGCAAAGAGAAUGCCCAUUGAGAAAGCUAAAAUUCAUUUCUCAAGACGAGCAUGUAGUGCCGAGACACUUUAAAAUAUAGUUGUACA